AUGAACACUUCAGAUUCAUACCUCACUUCGUCAUCCAGUACAUCCCAAAAAAGUGUGGACAAUCUAAUGAGAUUUUCAGUUAACAAAGGUUUAAUUGAAAAAUCUGACAACCAGGAGAUAGACUGUAUCCAACGCGUCACUGUAUAUGACCACAAUGUAUUUGAAGCAGGCGUUAUUGAACAGGCUAAUGAUGCUUUGAUGAAACACAGAACUGUUCAGAUAAAGGCAGUUAAGGAACGACUUUCUGCCUUGGGUGAUGAUAUAAUGUCUGCUCAAAACGAACUUGGAAAAAUGGAACAACUACUUGAUAAUUUACUCAGUGAAAUACCAAACGGAGGGUCUACUAACCGUUUGGAAAAUAGAAAAAUACGUUCAUUAGAACUGGAGAUAGAAACAAAGAUGAAGCAUAUUGACACUCUGUCCUCUCGCAAAACUGCCUUAAUUACCAAACUGUCCACCCUUGAAAAAACCUUUCCAAAUAACAGUACACCAGAAACCGUAAGAAGUGAAGCAUUACAAGCUACUGGUAGUACGAAGUCACUUCUGAUAAUGGAUAUAAAACCACCUAGAAGGCAGUCAAUUAUAAAUCCGCCUAACGAAAAGAACCGUAAAAAUAAUGUUAAAGAAUUGAAUAAAUUAGCUAAAGUUAAGCAUAAUGAUGAUGCGGAUAUCAAGGCUUUUCAGGAAAGACUAAGGCGUCAAAGGCGCAUAGACUUGUUAGAAAAACAGUUAGCGAAAGAGCAUGAGACCCAAUCAAUUGAUCCUGAAGAUGGGAAACUAGAUGGUGGCUUUUGCGUUCCUGGCUCUAUUUGGAGUCGAUUAUUUGAUUAUCAAAAAAGAGGUGUCAGCUGGCUGUGGAAUCUUCAUCAAAAGGGAUGUGGUGGAAUUGUUGGUGAUGAAAUGGGUUUAGGAAAAACUAUACAGGUUAUAGCCUUAUUGGCUGGAUUGCAUUAUUCAAAGAUAGAGGAUCGAUCGCAUCGUUUGUAUUUAUCUGCAUCGAGUUCAAAUUCUGAAAUUCAACAAGAUUUCGUUGGAUUAGGUCCAUGUCUGAUUGUUUGUCCAGCUACAGUACUGAAACAAUGGAUGUCAGAAUUUCAUUCAUGGUGGCCACCUAUUCGUGUUGCUAUAUUACAUUCUACUGGAUCAGGUUACGGAAAACCGAAUAAACUUAUACAAACAAUAUCCAAUAAUCCAGGAAGUGUAUUACUAACCACCUAUGCUACUCUGGUAACCUAUCGCGAUGUACUGACAAGUCGAAAUUGGUCAUAUAUUAUUUUAGAUGAAGGCCAUAAAAUAAAGAAUCCAGAAGCUGAAGCCACAUUGGCUGUAAAACAUUUCUCAACUCCGCAUCGACUAAUUCUUUCUGGUAGUCCUAUUCAAAAUAAUUUACGCGAGUUAUGGUCAAUUUUCGAUUUUGUAUGCCCGGGACGCUUGGGACCACUACCGGAAUUUAUGCAACAAUUUUCUAUACCGAUUACUCAGGGAGGUUAUGCUACUGCCUCACCACUUCAAGUUGAAACAGCAUAUCAAUGUGCAUGUACCCUACGCGAUCUUUUAAAGCCAUACCUUAUUCGCCGACUCAAAGCUGAUGUACAAAUACAACUGCCGUCUAAAUCUGAACAAGUUUUAUUUUGUCGACUAACGGAAUAUCAACGGAAACUUUAUCGCGAAUAUUUGGAAUCACAAACAUGUAAAGAUCUGUUAAAUGGUAAAGGCAAUAUUUUUCCGUCUUUAAUCCUAUUGCGAAAUCUAUGCAAUCAUCCAGAUUUGGCUACAGGUGGACCGAGAGAUAGUUGUUUUUUAAAUGAAGAAUAUGAAGUUGAUAAACAAGGCAUUGAAAAUGUCUGCUUAUCUUAUUCAUGGUCGAGAUUUGGUUGUCCACGUCGAUCUAGUAAAAUGUUAGUGGUUGCUUCACUUCUUAAGAAUUGGUUUGAUCAAGGACACAAAGUUUUACUAUUUUCACAAAGUCGUAGGAUGCUUACAUUACUUGAACGUUUAGUACAGUUGAUGAAAUUAUCAUAUCUUAGAAUGGAUGGAACAACACCUAUUAGUCAACGUCAUGAACUUAUUCGACGUUUCAACUAUCGUUCAACAAAUAAUACUGAACAUACAACAUCAGAUCCUUGUGAUAUAUUUGUAUUUUUGUUAACUACACGUGUUGGUGGUCUGGGAGUAAAUUUAACUUCAGCUAAUCGUGUACUUAUCUAUGAUCCUGAUUGGAAUCCAACUACAGAUUUACAAGCACGUGAAAGAGCCUGGCGUAUUGGACAAUUACGUGAUGUUAUUGUUUACCGUUUAUUGACUAGUGGAACUAUUGAAGAGAAAAUUUAUCAGAGACAAAUAUUUAAACAAUUUCUUACUAAUCGAAUUCUUAAAAAUCCACGUCAACAACGUUUUUUUAAAACGAAUGAUCUUCAAGAGUUAUUAAGCUUUGAAGGUGAUACAGAUAUGCAAGAUAAUUGUGAGACAACUUUAUAUCUACAAUCAGAAGGUAUGGGACAUACAGUAACUGAUAAUUAUUCAUCAACAACAUCAUCCAAUCGAUUUGAUAGACUUGCUCAAAAACAAAAAGAUAAAUCAUCACAACAGAAGCAUUGUGAUUUGGAUAAAGCAGAGAGUAGCAGUGAUGGCGAUGACGAUGAUGAUGGUGAUGAAGACGAAACAAUGGAGGAUAAUCAAGAGGAGAAAGACAGCAUGAUGAAGAGUACAAAAAGAAAGAAAAUAACAGAUGACAGUGUAAAGUGUAGUUCAUCAUCUGAGAAUACCAAUCCACAAGAUGAGCGUAAAAUUCAACUUCGAAAGCUUGCCAAAGAAAUAAGCCGUCGUAUAUCUGAAGGAUGCUUGGAUAAAAAUGAUCCAGUUGAAUUUACUUCACCUGAUAAUAACAAUAAUAAUAGACAGAAUAAGCAGAAAUCUUCAAGUCGACAUUAUAAGCGUAAUAGUGAUAAUACUAGAGGUGUGAGAGUAGAUGGAAAAAGAAUUAAACUUGUCGCAAAACAGUGUAAAUAUGAUGUCGGUGAUGGCGUUGAUAUAUCCAUAUCUCGAAAUGAUCAUAAACUUAGUAAUUUGGAUAAAAAUAUAACCACUGGUCUGGAAAAAGAUGAUGAUUUUAUUAGAACUGUUCUAACAGGCGCCUCUUCCUCGUCUUCGUAUGGAAAUGAAACAGACAGCAAUAUGCUAACUGCUUCACUUACAAAGAAGAGAUCAGUUGUAGAUCAAGAUAUACGUGAAGAAGCGAAUCGGAUUGCUAAUGAAGCCUUGAAAAGCAUUCAGAGAUUUUAUAAAUCUAGUAGGACAAAGUCUAAAGAAUCAACUGAGAAAAACAAAGAAAACGUCAGAAAAGUAAAUCAUAAAGAAUCAUUGAAAAGAAGUCAUUCAAAUCAUCUGUCUUCAACUGAUAAAUCAUCUAAACUAAAAGAAAUCGAAUCCCAAAAUAGUUCACCUUUCCUAAGUCACAUAACUCAAAUAGUCCAACAUGAUCAAUUAUUAGACGAAAUGACAAAUCCAAAUCAUAUUGAUGUAUCGUUCAAUCAAAUAGAAGCGAAUCGGUUAGCCAGUAAUGCAAUUAAAGCUUUACAAGAAGAAGUAAUUAGCUGGCAACGACAACAACUUCACCUCUCUUCCUCUUCUACUCAAAAUACUGAACAUAAUUUCCACGAGGUUACUUAUCCAUUCGGUCAGGCUAAAAAUCGUUUUCUUUGGAAUCCAAAUGAAUCGACGAGUGUGAGUUAUAUACAGCUUUUACAAUUGUCAGGUGAAUCGGAAGAUACAAGCGAAAAGUGUUAUUAUGAAAAUUCAGCUAGAUGUCAUGUUAGAUUCAGUUCAGAGCUAUUGUUCAGUCUUAUUCGUUUACGCAAAAUUUCUCGUGAAAGUCAUGCAUGCAAUUCAACCGAUCAGGAAUCAGUUAAUUCUUCGCUAAAUCCGUCAAUGCAACGUCUUUGUGCCGAAAUUAUUCGGAUACUUAGUAGUUCUCCAUGUGUUACUAGUGAAUACUUGAGUGUUCGAUUUGCAAAUAUUUUAAAUAAUAAUAAUAAUUCAGAAGACUGUAAGAAAGGUUUAAAACAAAGCGCUAUAAACAGUGUUUCAAACAGAACUGCUACUAUAACUGCACAGCAUUUUCGUGCAGUGCUUAAACAAUUAGCUAUCAGACAUCGAGCGAAAAAACAAAAUCAUCCAUCAGAUAAGCCUUCACGUGGUCGUCUAGAUGAUAUUUGGAUAUUACGUGAUAAAUUUCGACCAGUCGCUAGCUACCUGUUUCUGCAUUUGGCAUCGGUUGAAAGACUGAAUCAACCUAAUACUACUAUUUGA